GCAACAAACAACAAAGAUACAACCUUUAAAAAUAGCUCACUAAGAGAAGUCUACGACCAAUGCACUAAACAUGACCAAGGAAACAUGAACCACUUGAGCCAGGCCACACUAAAGCAGAUGAAGAUAAUGAUACAGGCUAGGAACAAGGAGGAAAACCUUGAGAUUCAGCUUGAGCACAACCAUCUAGAUCUCGUCACCGAGAAACGGAAACAACCCUAUCGAAGCACAACCAUCUAG